CCAGAAGCAAUUCAGUGAUUGGCCAAUUAGGGAAGCCACCUGCUGCUCUUCAAGGACAAAGCAAGCAGAGAAAGUAAGAGGGGGGUAUUGGGCACGCGCAGUUCCAAGCCUCGCUCAAUUUCCCAAGAAGCUGCCCACAACUGAGUGAGUAGACAGGACCAGCCACAGCAGGAAUGGCCCACGUAGGCAUGGAUACAGCGUCUGGUGUAAGCUGCACAACCCACUAUCUCUAACAGGAAGGAUUUAGUUCCUUGGAUGUGAGGCACCUUACUUCGAUUGACUUCAGGUCACUGAGCUGGGAAGGCAACAGCCUUGUUGAAAUGUUCUGAUAGACAGUAGUCUGUGGGGGCUGGACUCUGCCAUCUGACUCUGGUGCUAAGGCACAAAGGACUAAGCAAGUUUUCAGAGGCCAUCAUCAACAAGGCAGUGAAGCUAAAAGCUGGUCGGUCUUCCAGAGCUAAGGGAAGACCAGAGAGUCAGGCUUUCUGGAAGCAGUGUGUCCUCUCCCACAACCUUUGUUCAGGGCUCAAUGGAGCUUGCUGCAGGGCUGGCCGAUCUCCAAGCAGAGGCUCGCUGUUCUGUCGGUAAGGAAUACCUCAAGAACCCAGGGACCAUGGAGUGUGGCCAUAAAGUCUGUCUGUCCUGCACCAGUGUGUUCUGGAAGGAUCUAAAGGGUAGUUUCCCCUGCCCCUCUUGUCAUUUGAACUGUCCAGGAAGGAACUUUUUGAGUAAUCAGCCACCAGGUGAGUUCACUGAGGUUGCCAUCUUGCCCCCUGAAAGAACUAGCAGAAGUGGAAGGCAAGAAGGAGAGCGUCCAUGGGAAAAGCCACAACAGGUUUCCUGUCCACUGCGCAGCUUCCCCCUGAGUCACUUUGUUUGGCCCAUGGAAAAUGCUAUCGUCUGCCACAGGAAACAAAUUGACAGUUACAUUAAGCUGUGGAGGGAGAUGGUGGAGCCAAUCCAGAAAGCAAUUACCACACAAAGGAAAGGAUGGCUAGAACUGAGAAAAAGAACAGAAUGCAGAAGAGAAAGAGUGAGGUCUCAAUAUGAACAGAAUAGAUUGUUCCUCCAGGUUGAACGGGAGAAGAUUCUUGGUCAGUUACAAAGUGAAGAGAUGGAUGGGCUGGCCAAACUACACAAAAACCUAGCGAAAUUAUCAGAUCACGCCUCUUUGUUAAAGGGUCUGUUGAAAGAUCUAAAGAGCCAGUGUGGAAAGUCAGAACUGGCCUUGCUGGCAAGUGUUAAAGAUUGGUAUGAGAGAUACAAACAGUCAGGAUGGCCUGAGAUGGCCUUAGUAACGUUGAAAGGGUACGACUACAGGUUUCCUCUACAGUAUUCUGACUUAGACAGAAUUAUCAAGCGAUUUCAAGUUGACGUAAUUCUGGAUCCUGAAACAGCAAACUAUAAGCUUACAGUCUCAAAGGAUCAAAAAACUGUUAAAUAUGGGAGCUGGGAGAGGAUGCCCUAUAGCUCAAGAAAAUUUUGUUUUGACCCUGCUGUUCUGGGAUCUGAGGGAUAUAGUUCUGACAGACAAUACUGGGAGGUUGAUGUGGAACUCAAGAUGGAAUGGGUUCUAGGGGUCUGUAGGGAGCCUUUUCCCAGGAGCAGGUAUGCAGAACGGUUCUCCGAUGAACAGUUCUCAGUGCAGGAUGGAUUAUGGGGAGUUGGGCUAGACAAUUCGCAAACUUAUGUUGCAUUGGGUGGUAAGAAAAACCAUCUUCUUCCCAAAGUAUCACCUACUAGGAUUGGGAUUUUUUUAGAUUCUGAAAUGUAUGAGGUUUCGUUUUACAAUUUGAGGGAUAAGUCCCUGCUGUACAGGUUUAGCGACUUACCUCGGGGCACAUUUUGGCCUUACUUCUACACUGGAUAUGACUCCGAGCCUCUGAAGAUCUGCACAGUUGAAGAUCUUGAGUGACAACAAGACAGAACAGCUGGUGGACAGGGCAGAAGGUGGCUGGCGUGGGCGGUGGAUAGGAUAAUGGGGAUUUUUGAUUUGCUUUUUCUUUGUUUUGCUUUCCUUGUUUUUCAGUUUUCACUAUAACAAUCGCAACAGCUAUUUUGUUUUUAAUCUGUGUCAGGAGUAGCCUGUUUGAUGAAACAACGUCCAAUAAUGACAGACACAUCCUUAGAAAUAAAAAUAAGACCUUA